GUCCCUAGAGUGGAUUAACUAUAUGAAGGAUUUUUACUUCGUUUGGGAAUAACUGUACGUUGUGGAAAAUUCAGAUAGAAAUAUAUUAUGUACAUGCCUCUCUGACGUGGAAUAAGGAAUCACGUCAGCUCUAUUCAUGACUAUUUCUAUCUGCAACGUAACACAUCGUUAGCCCACUGAGCGUGGCCUGGGUCUUAGCCUUCAGGAGGACCUGUGGAGAGGAGGGGGUUAAUGGCCAAUGUGAUUAUCCAGAUCUUGUGAUCCAGAGCUGCCCCAUGAAUGAGUGUCUUUUAUGUGCUGUAAGCAGACUGAAUCUCAGCUGGUAGACCUGCCUGAAAACCACCCCACUACACAUCUUGCCAGAACAUGUUUGGAUUCUGUUAGUGUCGUUUUUUGACCGAUGCUGUUCUUCACUCAUGUCAACAUUCCAAAAUUCAAGAUGUAUCAACACGUCUCAAAGGGUGGAUAUCAGGGAUUACGGCGCCAUGUAUCUGAAUCCCCUGGUAAUCUGGCCAAUUGGCACCGAGGAGUGAGGUGCUUGGAGGCUGUAGCUCGGCCUCUUAGCCAUGGAGACAGAGGGGCCACCUGCUGCACCAGGCCAGUCUGGCCAGCCCGGUCAGCCAGGCCCGGUGCUGGGGCUUCGGAGUCUCUCCUUUGCCUACCAGGGCUUGCUAGAGAUCCCCUACGAAGUCAUACUAGCCCAGCAACACACCCUGGAAGUGUUGGACCUCAGCUACAACCUGCUGGAGGAAGCCCAGCUCUCCUGGGUGAACUGGAGCAGCUCAGCACUCUGAUCCUGGACUGCAACAGCUACUCGUCCCACGUCAAGUUCCCCUACAUGCCUAGUGUCACCACCGUGUGGAUCAACAAGAACAAGAUCAGCAACCUGCCCAUCUUCGUGGAGGAGAUCCGCUGCAAGUUUCCCAACAUCAAGAUCCUCAGCAUGAUGAACAACGAGGCAGCACCCAGCUACUUCAAUGGAGGGAGUCUGCCCCAGUACAUAGACUACAGGCAGUAUGUGAUCAGUCAGAUCCCAAGCCUGAAGAUCCUGGAUGACACUGAGGUCCUGGGGAAAGAGAGAGCGCUGGCUAAGAAGACCUAUAGGAUGCAGAGGACCAGAGAAGGCAGCAAAAGGAGGAAGGAGCUCCAUCGUUGAACCCUCCUUAAUACUGCCUCCUAUAGAGCUGAAUCGAAGACUUAUCAAGAUGAGCAAAUAAUCCAUUCUAGAGAUAGAUGACUAGUUCAAGGCAAGCUAGCACCAGUUGCAAAUAUAUUGUCAACAUGUUAUUUGUUCAAAUGAAAAUGGGAUACUUUUUGUUAUGAUUUUCUAUGGACAUGGGGAAUUUCCCUUAUCAUUAAAGAGAUGAAGGGAAGAUAUUCCAUUUGAAUGGUGAACGAAGAUGUUUAGCAAAAUAAAUAAUUCCAUGUCACACGCAAA